AUGACCCUGGAGGUUUCAAUAGGCCCACCCCCUUCACUGCCUCGUGGCUGGUCUCCUCCAAAACUGUACACCAUGUUGGAAACUUCUUUGGAGAAGGCCCUGACCACUAUGGUCAGAACUUUCCAUAAAUAUCUGGGGAGAGAGGGCAGCAAACUGACUCUGAGUGGGAAGGAGCUGAAGGGGCUGAUCAAGAAAGACCUGUGUCUUGGUGACAAGAUGACGGAGAGCAGCAUCGAUGACCUGAUGAAGAGCUUGGACAAGAACAGCGACCAAGAGAUCGACUUCAAGGAGUACUCGGGGACUUCCCUGGUGGCGCAGUGGUUAAGAGUCCUCCUGCCAAUGCAGGGGACACGGGUUUGAACCCUGGUCUGGGAAGAUCCCACAUGCCGCGGCGCAACUAAGCCUGGGUGCCACAACUACUGAGCCUGCGCUCUAGAGCCCACGAGCCACAACUACUGAGCCCGUGUGCCACAACUACCGAAGCCUGCGCGCCUAGAGCCUGUGCUCCACAACAAGAGAAGCCACUGCAAUGAGAAGCCCGCGCACCGCAGUGAAGAGUAGCCCCCACUCACCACAACUAGAGAAAGCCUGCGCGCAGCAAUGAAGACCCAUCGCAGCCAAAAAUAA